CUCUUUUUUUCAGGAUGUCUCUGCAUAAAAUUUUUUCCAAGGACACACCAACUCACCAAAGUUUCCCACCGCUCAAAGUGAAAGUGGUUGCCCUGCACAAAAAGACCUCAGUGCCAACCUGGUUAUUUGACAAGGGGGAGGCUCACCCUCUCGUCAAGCAUGUCAACUGCACUGCUGCCAUCACUGAUGGUGUUACAGUGGUGAAAUUCACCGCAUAUGAGGACAUAGCAGCCAAAAUCAAGGAGGGAGGGAGCUACAUCAUUAAAAAUUAUGGCAUGUCAAAGUAUGGCGCGACGCGCAGUAUGUUGUCCCGCCGUGAUACUGCGGUGUAUCACACCUCCCCAAUUGAUGUCCCGGCCCACCUUGUGGAGGAAGGGAAAUGCAUGGUGUGCCCUCCAUCCACAUUCAAACACCUCAAUGAAAUUGAAGGAGAGACUGACACUCUCAUAACUGUUGAAGGCUGUAUCACAGAAGUAAGCAUCUUAUUAACACUGCUGAUGAUAUGGUGACCCUUUGGGGGGGGGGGGGUGUAUCAUGCUUUUCAAAACUUACAACAAAAACUGCACAGUUACAAAGUUUGGUGCAAAUACUUUCUGUAUGCAAAGUUUCAAAUCACAAUGUCAACGUGUGUUGUCAUACUCUCAGAAAAAAGACGUUAACAGCUCAAAUCUCAGACAAGUGAAUAUGCAAGAUUGUGGUGUAUGUGCGAGAUUUACUAAAAUUCAGAAGUACAAUGAUAUGUUAAUACACCACUGUGAGAAAUUUGAGGCCUAUUUUGAUCUGAAAAUUAUGUAAAGCUAUACAAGAGGUAUCAGAGAAGGAGUUCAGAGUCUGUCAAAAUGCAUGACACCCCCUCUUUAAUGCUGUACACAACAGUACAUUAAUAAUCAGUUAAGGGUAUCAAAACCUCUCUGGGGUCUGUCCUAUCCAGAGAUCUGUUUUUGUAUAGUUAAUGUCGCCUGGUCUCCUCGAUUAAAAAGGCUUCUAAAACCAAUGACUUGUAGCACACUAUAUCCGAAUGUAUUAAAAUGUGUGUAUCUUUGUGUUCAGCUCAACAAAGUCACGAAGGUUACUGGCCAGCGAGGCCCACCCGUCCCCCUGAUUGAGAUCAAGAUCAAAGAGGUAAAGAAUAAGUCUAAAUACAAAACUGACAGUAAAAUAUAAGCAGAAUGAAGAUUUAGGCAACGAGAGUAAAUGCGAUUCUUAUGAGGCCUGUUUCAUCAUUACAGAAGGAGGCAGAGGUAAAAGUGUGCCUCUGGCGAGAGACCAUACUGGCAGAACUGUGCCUGGGGAAACCAUGCCGAGUCACACACCUCAAAGUCAGGACCUCUGGGCAAUAUGGGUUCUCCUUGCACACCACAAAUUUCACAGAUGUUGAAGUAAGUCAAAGAUGUACAUACUGUGUAAUUCACUGAACUGUUGUCUCCUUUAUGAUGAGUCUUUUGCUUCUAAUCAGAUCAGAUUGUUCUAUGUCAUCCACCUGUCCCCCAUCACCACCACCAACUGCUUGGGCAUUAGAAUUUGUUUCAUUGGCAAAAAUGAGCCUGCAAAAUUGAUUCCUGAAUUUUUUUUUUAACUUUUCUCCUCCCCCUGAGGAGGUGAUGUAGUUAUUUCUUCAUUUGUUUGGACAAUGGUUGUGUCACUGCGGAAAACAAGAAUCAGAACUCUGAGAAGAAAAAGUGAACCUGUACUCUGGACCAAAAAUGGUGGUGUGCACUGUGUAAAAUAUUUCUCCUCAACAGAUGGUGAGCAAACACGUCCACAUUGCCGUGACGGGUUUCUCCUUCAGCGAGAAAGAUGAGACUGUUGAGAUCCUCGACGACAACUUCGUCGAGUGGAUUGUCCCACGCUGGAUGUGGGACGAAAAAUUCCCUGAUGCCAUUGAAAAAAUGCCAGCGAGCAUUGUCAUUGUUUUUGAGGAGGGAGAUGUGGUAGAAAUUUUAUAGGUGUAUUUAUUUAAUCUCUUUGUAAAUAGUUGUUCUUCAAUCACAUAAUUUACCCACAAAAAUCUCUUAAAUCAGUUUAAAUGUUUAAUUUGUUCAGUGUUAAAAAAAAUCGUUUCCAUCAUUUUGAAUGUUUAUUUAUUU